UUGCCAAUUUUAUUUCUCCUUUAAUGAAGACAACAUUCAAUUGACACUCAGGAAAAAAUGGAACCACUAACACCCUAAAAUGACAAAUAAACCAACCGUUAGAAAAAGACUAUGGUGUCAAAUGACGAGUUUCAAAACAAGAACGUUUUAGAUGACACUAAAUAGAUAAGUCUUCUUUUUAGGGUGAAAAUAACCCGAAUUGGGAAAGAGUGGCUUUUCAAAGGUAUUAAAUGAGUUUUACUGUAAUUACGUCAAUCUGUAUAUGCAAACAAACAUGGGUCAAUAAGGGAUUUAUAGAUAAAUUAAAAGCUAGAUAGGCAAGUUAGUAGGUAGUUAGAGAUGGUGAGAUAUAUAGUAUAAAACGAAAUAUAUCGCAAAAAUAGAUAAAUGAGACAUGGUAAUGCUUAAUAUUAAAUGAGUAAAUAUAAUAAUGUUCUUUUUAGCUAGUAAGGAAACACAUGAAUAAACCAAUAUUACCAGUUUUUUCUUUACUUAGCCUAAAUUACAAUGCUGAUUUAGUGUCAAGUGAUUUUAUAAGUCUGGAGAAGUAAAAAAAUUCCUUUUAAUAAAGAAAGCAAAGAGCAAUCGAAACACAAAAAAGGCCGACCAACAAGGAAAAAUGGCAGUGAAACUAUAACACUAACUUUUCGGAAACCAGGUGCGGCAAAACUGACUGAAUAAUGUGAAAGGAAAUACGAGGAAAACCAAGUGGAAAAAUAAGCGGUCUGUAGCGGGGAACGAAGCACCACCCAGUUAGCGUGGAUUCCAACGGCAAACCGAAGAACCAUUACCCUCUUGAAGAAGGCCGAUCACCAAACAUGGGGAACAGCCUCAGACAAGCGGCCUUCCGCUCCUGAGACCAGCCACUCUUCAGUACUGGGCACAAGGCCUCAGGGGCGGGAGGGGACACUUCAGGUAAUAUCUCAGGGGGUCCCGGAAGAUCAGUCACAGGUGCUUGAAUAUGGCGUAGGCCUAACGGCAUUCCGAAGUAAGCUCUCAAGAUUACAUUACGUGGCUAACGGCAGGAGAGCCAACUGCCCUUAUAUUGGAGAACAACUAUUGCUGUCACUAAGGGCCAAGGGGAAUCGCUGAGCCUUCUUCGGAGGGCAACUGCUUCGUCAAAGCCAGACCGCCUUAACGUCAACCUAUGUCCUCGACAAGCCAAGAAAGCAACAGCAACGGUGAACCUCUAGGAUUCCGGCCGAGGCUCGCUUUCACUGAUCCUUUCCAGGACGAUGACGACGACGCCAACAUGACGACCGACUGGGCGCAGAUGAGAGAACAGCUCCUGACGCCGACAACCCUCAGACUCCAGCGGAUUGCUGGAAUGAUGGACUUGAUGGAGUCGCUCUCGGAGUCGCUUCUACAAAGUCAAAGUGGCAUCACCUGUCCCACCUGUAAAGUGACGGUGGAGGGAGCCAGCGGGAGGCUGCGGCAGAUCUGUCCCUACUGCGGGAGCUUUUACAACAUCGGAGCCAAUACAGACGUCAGGCUGAGGCGAGGAAGAGAUAUCAGGGUCGAACUGCCCCACAUCGAUGUCGAGCAUCAUCGAUCUCGACUGGGAGGCCUGGGCAGCUUCAUGAUCAGUCGCCUGACGGGGCUGGCCUUCAACGACCACCUCAACAACAACACCGGCAGGAACGGCAACAACAAUGACAGCGCCACUUCCGGUGACGUCACCGGCAACCACACGGUGAACAGCGGCCUCUUGGCUGCCAUCAAUGAUUCAACAGCCUUCCGCAUCGGAUCGGGCAGCUCUUUGCCGCCAAUAAGGAGACAGGAGGUUGACAGCCGCAGAGGGAGUGUGGCAUCCCGCCAAGGCUCAGGGAGUCUCAGAUCAGCCAGGAGUGAGGAAUCUUUACCCGGCAGCCGAAUCGAGAGCGCCCAGUCUAACCAGAGGCCGGUGUACCCAGCAAGGACCACGAGGAGGGAGGACUUUAUGCAAGAAGUUCGAAAAGCCAAGGAGUCCAAGAAUUUCGGCGACAUGAAGAAGUUUUACUUUGACACCUUUGAAUCCUACGCCAGCAUCUGCGCCACAUUCAAGAGAAAUCCGGACUUCGACGGAGCUCGUGCUGAUGACCCAGGACUAAAAACAGAACUUGUCUACACAGUUCACGAUUCUGUUAGAGAAAUGCCUUCGGUGGUGCACAAACAUUUCCUCAAGGCAGUGAUCAACGCACUGCUGCAAGAACGGCCACACCUCUUCAGCAAAGAUCGUGUCAGGGCUCUUUUCAUCAUUCUUCAGUCUCCAGUGUUCCUUACUCAGUCCUCUUACACCGUCCUAGCUCAUGUACUCAGGAACAUCACCUCGUUAUCCAACGGUGAUCACCAACUGCUUGUUAGUUGGUUUAAAACACUGGAGGUGUCUCGACUGAGAAUGAUGGUGGGCAUCAUCAUCCAGUUCAUCACAGUGAGGCAGUUCCCGCCGCCAGACAGGUCGCUGCCGCCCCUCAGCAAGAGCAAGUGGUGGAUCCCAACAGCCACGAAGGUCCUCGCCAUCAUGUAUGCAAGUAACUCGUCGGCCCAGCCAUCUCUGUUGCAUUACACGGAAUUCUACAACCACGCCUUAGACCACCUGGACCUGAUGUCUGAGUACCGCACCUGGCAGGUGCCUGAUAAGCCUGAUUCUUUCUCCUUCUGUCAGUACCCGUUCAUCUUGUCCAUCGUCGCCAAACGACACAUCCUUACUAAAGACGCCGAACAACAGAUGAUCCUGACUGCGCGGAGGUCUCUAGUAGCGAAAGUGGCCCGCCAUCAACCUCCCCAAAUUGAUAUCUUCUUCCUUAACAUCAACGUCAGGAGGAAUGUGCUCGUCGAAGACUCUCUCAAGGAGAUCGCGGCCAAGAAGCGCGACUUGAAGAAGAAGUUGAAAGUGACUUUCGAGGGGGAACCGGGUCUCGACAUGGGAGGACUCACCAAGGAGUGGUUUCUGCUCCUCAUCAAGCAGAUCUUCAAGCCCGAGAACAAGAUGUUCGUGUAUCACCCUUCGAAGCGCCUCUACUGGUUUUCGAUGGGGCAACAGGGAAGCCUUAGAGAGUACAACCUCAUAGGAGUGUUGAUGGGUCUGGCCGUCUACAAUUCCAUCAUCCUCGACGUCCGGUUCCCAUCCAUAUGUUUCAGGAAACUCUUGAGCCCUCCUGUAGUGCCUGCCUAUGAACACAUAGCAGUGGGAAUUGCGAAAUUGGUAACCUUGGAGGACCUCAGCGAAAUCAUGCCCGAAGUGGCCCACGGUCUCAUGGAACUGCUCAAAUAUGAAGGUGACGUGGAGCAAGACAUGUGCCUUAGUUUCCAGGUAUCCCUGGAAGAAUACGGUCAACCGAAAACGUUCAACUUGAAAGAAAACGGGGAAACGUUGCCGGUGACCAACGAAAACAGGGAGGAGUUCGUGCGCCUCUACUUGGACUGGAUCCUCAACACGGCGAUUUACGAGAAGUUCAGGGCUUUCUACUUGGGUUUCCACACCGUGUGCGCGUCAAAUGCCCUCAUUAUGCUGAGACCAGAAGAAGUAGAGAUGUUGGUAUGCGGAUCACCGACUCUAGACUUGACUGAACUCCGGAAGGUGGUUGAAUACGAUGGGUACACGCCUGAUCAUCCCACUAUCAGGUGGUUCUGGGAGGUGCUGCAGGAGAUGUCGUUGGGGCAGCAGAAGCAGUUCCUGCUCUUCACGACAGGAAGCGACCGCAUCCCCGUCGGGGGCAUGGCCGAGAUGGUCUUCAAGAUCUCUUGCUGGCACGGGCAGACCCACAUGCUGCCCCAGGCCCACACCUGCUUCAAUCAACUGGUGCUGCCUCCUUACGGCGACAAACAGACGCUCAAGAAUAAGCUUUUCAUAGCCAUAGCCAACGCCGAGGGAUUCGGGCUGGAAUAGGAAAAGACAUUCUGGAAUUGCCAAAGGGAAAUUCAGGACUUUAACUCAUGAUCAGCUUCCUACUGGAAUGUUGAAUGAUCAUCAACGGGCUCUCCUUUGCUCUUACGUUCCGGCUUCGGACUAAAGCAAAGUGAACUUUGGAAGUGAAACAUUACCAGACGCUUGCUGCAGGACGUGAGUAUAAGGAUAAGGAACAGACCAAGAUCCUUGAAACAAAAGUGGUUACAAACGUACAAGAAACAGAUACUGGUUUCUUAAUAGAAUAUACCUGAUACUAUGAAGGUUUCUCAAUAGAAUAAACCUGAAACAAUGAAAUACUACAUGAUACCCCUGUGAUUUGGAAAUGACGAUACUAUUGAUCCUUAAAGGGAUACAAUAAAUAAAUUAUGAAUAUGAAAAUCAUCGAGCAAAAAACUCCAAUUGGUAUCCGUCCUUAAUAGUUUUAUAACGUCUGUGAUGAUAAUGUUGAGAUAUUAGAAAUUCUACACACACACACACACACACACACACAAAAGCAGGCACAUCUGUAUUCCAAAAUGAAAGUUGUUCUAAUUAUCUUGAGGUGACAGGGAAUUCAUACCAGAAAAUUUCACUUCGAUUCUUGAAGGAAACAGCAUGGGGAAAGUGCUAUACUUUUCGGAAAAAAAGGGAAAUUCGUUGGGAUAGUAACGCAAUCAGUUCUUGAAGGAAACUACAUCGAUGGCGUAACGAAUUGUAAAGGAAAAUUAAUUAUUUUUUAAUAUUUCUAUUACUUUUGUCGAGCUUAUAUCCUUUAUCACUUGAUCAGUUGACAUGAGAAAUCAUGGGCACAUUGGCAUCUGCUCUAAACAGAAAAGUUAAAGCAGGUUUUCCUUUAACGAGGCUUUCCAGUUGUUUCAGAAGUAUGACUCGUAACAAAGGUGUUUACUUAAAAUUAUGUAGAUACAUUAAUUCAAUAAAAAGGCCUUAAAGAGCAGCUCCAUAUUGAAACCCAUUAGACAUACAAGCAUACACGUUCUUAGAAGGCUGACAGUUUCUUACAAAUUGAAAUGAAUACUUUGAAAUGGAAAUGGUAUAAUGACAACGUCAUUUUCAAAGAUGAUAAUCUAUACAUUCCACUGAAUCAUCAGUAGCUACCUUUAGUAAGCCGACCAGAUUUCACGAGUUUCAAAUGUAUCGAAAGUACAUUUAAAAGAUAGAAGCUCAUGAUUUCAUAUAGGUACUCAAUAUGAGGAUAAAGGUCGUCCAGUGCUUUUAAAGAUCUCUUGAAUUUUCCAGCAUAACUUCAUACAAUUUCCUCGUUAUGAUCAUCACUUCUGCUCAACUUCGUUGAAUAAUGUUUAGCCUCAUAAGUUUAAAUUUUUGUCAGUUCCAAGAAUAUAGUUUUAUUUGUUACGCCAUCGACCAAAAACUCUUGACACCCCUUCAAUAAGAAGAAAGUAAUCUCUCUUCAUCAACUGCUAUCUUUUUAUUUUCUCCAAUCAACUUAGUUACUCAUACCUCCACUGUAAACCAUUCUGAUGGUGGCCUUUUCUUGAGAGGAUAUGACCCAUUUAUAUUUGGGGUAUUCCCGGCUUUACUUUUUUUUUUUUUUUAAGGAUUUCCAUAACCUCUUUUCACUCUUGCCAAGUACCUGACAAAUGAUCAGAAUCAUCUAGCAACAUUUAAAUACAUAACUAUAUAUCAUUUACCAAGUUGCCAUGAGAGAGAAGAUUAUGGAAAGUGCCUAUCCUUCGUUGUUGAAGUUAUAAACUGAAGGUCCCUUCGUCAUAUUUUCAUACCUUCCAAGAUAUUUACUGAAGUCCACAUUUUCACUCCAAAUCAAAUGCAACUACAAACGGAACUUGAACAGUCCGACCAACUAUUUCAAAACUUCUUAUGUGCGGUAAAUUUUAACUUUUUUUAUAUAAAAUUACAGCCAAUGAGGUGUUCUAAACAUUUUUCCAGAUGCACGAAUUACUUUCAAAGUUGCCUACCAAGAAAUACGUUUAUUUUCUAUUGAAUUAACAUCGUCUAAUUGCGACGAGUACAUACACAGUAACAUCAUAAUAUCUUUCUCUGAAUAAAGCGUGAGCAGCGUCUUGAUGUAAAUAUUAGCUGAUAUUCCAUCUAUUUAUUGAUGGCUCAACUGCGAGUAAAGGACAAAGAGAAAAUAAUAAAAGGAGCUGAAAAGAGGGCAACAGAGCCCUUGCCCCUACACGGCCAAUUGCGAAGCUUUCUCCUGGCCUGUUUUUGUUUUGGGAUGAUUCGGUAUAAACUAGAAAAGCAACGUUUAAUAGUCCAGGAAAAAGCCUAUUCCAAUAAUCACUUUUUUAUGAAUUAACAUUAGAAUUUAUUAAACUAGGAUUUAUAAAAUUAGAAUGUACAAAAUCAGAAUUUAUAACAUUUCUAAAUUUUGAAACGUUCUAAAUUAGGGUUGGGCAAACCAAGGCGGUUCCUACUGAGGUUAUCAAAUUUGGUAUCAUGGAAACAUUGUCCCAAAAUAAAAAUUAGGCAGGAAAUGAAAUCGAUGGUGCUGAACACUUCAAAAGUCCAAGCGCCGCCUGUUGCGAGAUAUGUGAGCUUGUUGAUGGGGGCGAAAUCAAGAAUACUUUGCUGGCGGUGAUGCUUUGAACAAACGAUGAAUGAACUGCAUGAACCAUUUGAAUUUUCACACACUAUUCAUUUUUGGACAAUGAACGAGUCAUAUGUUUUCUUAAAUCUAAAGCCAAGGAAUAUUUUGCCUUAUUUGGCGAGUCAUGAGUGAAUUGCUUAAUACCAAAUCUACGAGUGAAAUUAUACACUGAGAUCAUUCGUCUCAUGAUUGACGAUACAUAUCUGGUUAUGAAUGCAGAAUUGAUGUCAGUGAAAUUUUGAAUGAAAGCAUUACAUAGUGAUUUGUGACUUAAUUAUUCAUGUGGUAUAUUCUGAAUUAGGAUUCCACCCGCAAUCCGCUAUCAUUAAUUAAAUUUGAAGCCUACGACAUGAAUGAUUCAUUUUGAAAAAUGCAUGACAAUCACUCACUUGGAGUUUUGCAAAAAUUAUUCUUCCCCGAGAGAUUUGUUCGGAAAAUGUAUGAACAUAAUUUGCUUGGUGUUUUACUGAUUUAUGAUUUAUUCAAGUAUUUCAUUUUAGCAGAUGUAUGAUUAUAUUAUUAGUCAUCUAAACAUUUUAUCACUGAAUAGUUAAGUCACUCAUGAAUAAGUGAGAUGAAUACCACACAACUGUGAGUGGGAAUGAGCAUGGCAAUAAAAUGCUACUCUCAGCCACAAGGGAAACACAAUUUAACUGUGAUAUAUAAAUUCAAAGUGUCCUCGUAUUUUAUUAUACACUUUUCAUCGAUGUUUUCAAGCCACAAAAUGUGUGUUGCAGCAAAUUUCCAGGAAGUAGCGUGUGUACAUUAUGUAAAUAAAACGUGUACAAUAUGACAAUGAUAAUUUUACAUGAUUCGAAUUGAUCAGUGAGGAAAAGGUGUUGCGUUUAUAUAAAGCAACAUGGGUGUUCUGUUCGAUCACUGUGCACCUGUCGUGUACAUAAAGGUUUGUAACGUACACCUCAUCCCAAGCAUGUUUUGUACAGAUCAUUUCAAAGGUGUACCUGGGAGGAGCAGCACCACUGUCAAGAUUUGUUGUGCAACUGUUUGUUAUGACUCAAAAUGUUUAUCAAUAAAUUCUUUCAAGAAAAAAUAAA